AUGUAUGCGGCGCUACAAGCUAACAAUUUCGUUUUAAUCCCCUGUACUUGGGAGGAAGCGUCAUGGAAGACCGCAGUCAAUCCACUGUCGUUACUGCACGGCUCGUUGACCAUAAAAGGAAGAUGGAUUGAAGACGGCAUGCUGAAUGUACUGCUAUGGAUGGCAGUUUUGAAAAACGUAGCCAGCAUGACCACCCUUUAUCGUCACUUUCCCAUCCGUCGCGAUUCAAUCUACCAUCCGAACACGGUUGCAGGCCCGUGCACGUUCCCCGUGCCGUACACCAAAGAAUUCGACAUUUUUUGCCAACUCGACUAUCACAAGCUCUUCUUCCUUUAUCUCGCUCUAGAACUCUUGCUCGGCUCCGGUCCUGUGAUGGAAGAUAUGUUUUUGCAAUAA